AUGAAUAACACUCACUGUCCUCAACCGGAUAAGAAACUAUUUGAGCAAACAGUCCUGCCUAGUCUUUACAUCUUGGUAUUUGUUGUUGGAUUGGUCCUGAAUGUAUGGGGAAUGAAGUCUUUGCUGCACAACUGGAAGAAACUUUGGAGUAUUAACAUUCUUGUUCUCAACCUUGGACUAGCAGAUAUGUUGUAUCUGCUGACUCUCCCCUUUCUGAUUGCGUACUAUCUUACAGGAAGCAAAUGGAUGUUUGGAGAUGGAUUCUGCAAGGUAACAAGAUUCUGCUUUAAACUGAAUUUGUAUGGCAGCAUUGGAUUCCUCACCUGUAUCAGUGUGUACCGGUACCUGGCCAUUGUCCAUCCAAUGAAAGUUAAGGGGAGACUGACUUCAACUCAAUGUGUAGUCAGUUCAGUCAUGGUGUGGAUUUUUGUAAGUGUUCAAAGUAUUCCAGACACGUUGUUCCCCAAACAUUCAGAGAACGAGACUGAACAAUGUUAUGACACAACUGAUUUGAAAAAUGUGGAGAAAUACCUGCACUACAGCCUCAGCUGGACGUUCAUCGGUUUCUUCAUCCCGUUUGUCAUCACCGUGGGCUGCUAUGGACAUGUGACUCUUGUUGUCUGCCGCUCAAACACAAUGAAAAAGGAACGGAAACAACAAGUCUUAAAACUGAUGGUUUUAUUGCUUUUUCUCUUCUCAUUUUGUUAUGCGCCCUACCAUGUUUUCAAGAAUCUCACCCUGUAUUCCAGAGUUCAGUUUACCAGGGGGGUUUGCCCCUCGUGGGAUUCUGAAGUGUUCAUCGCACACCAGGCAAGUCGUGGCCUUGUGAGCCUGAACAGUGCUAUUAACCCGCUGGUUUACUUAAAUGUAAAUAAGCAUAUGAGUGUUCAGUUGAAGCAGCUGUUGCAUCAAGGUUCACAGAGUUUCAGACGUUUGUUCGAGUCCAGAUCCAGUUCUACGCCGGUGCCACAGAAUGAGGAAGAAGCUGUGAGUCCUUUAUGAGAGAAGGUCUGUUUUUUUGCUGACUGUCAAGUGGGAAAUUGUUGUGACAUUCUUUUCACAUUGUAUUCAUUGUAUUAAUCAUACUUAACUGUCCCUGCUGCAAUAUCAGAUAAUAUAAUUUGGGAAUGGAGAAAAUCUCUUUUGAACACAUUUGGUUGAAUCAUUUUUUUGUUUGUUUGUUUUCAUCCACACAUGAUCAAAAUUAUGUAUACCCCUACAGAUUUAUUCUUUCCUUCAAAUGUUCAUUAUGAAUACAGAUUGUAAUAUAAUGCAAAGAUAUUCAGACUAAACACAAAUCAGUUUUUUGAAUGAUUCUAUUUAUCAAAACAAACACAUCCUAAACUGAAUAACCUGUUUGGUCUUGAGUUCCUUAGCUGCAGCAACCAUAAAGUGUGGUGGCUGGAUGUCUGGAAAUGAGUCUUUUACGUCACUGUAAGAAUUUUGGCUCAUUCAUCUCUUCAUAUUUGUUUUGAUUCUGCUGCUGAAGGAUCAUUAGCCAGAUUUUAGCACUUUAGGUUCCUCUGGACUUGAUAAAGUGCUAUUCAAAUACCAGUAAUUUACAUUUACCACUCUAAAUUCUCAGUUAUUAUUAUUAUUUUUUCAGAUAUUAAAGCUGGGUUGAGUUGCCUGCAGAAUUCAUUCCCUGCUACAUAAUUUAAGUGUGUUCAAGGUUAAACACACUUAAAUGGAAAACACUCUUACAUAUGGAAAACUUGACAACAAGUUUUCCAUAUGUCACAACAUAAUCAGAAAAAAUCAGUUCUGUAGAAAUGGGCGUGACUUAUACAGUUAGGGCCAGAAAUAUUUGGACAGUAACACAAUAUUUGUGAGUUGGGCUCUGCAUGCCACCGCAUUGGAUUUGAAAUGAAACCUCUACAACAAAAUUCAAGUGCAGAUUGUAACGUUUAAUUUAAAGGGUUGAACAAAAAUAUCUGAUAGAAAAUGUAGGAAUUUGUUUACAAACACUCCACAUUUUAGGAGCU